AUGGAUUUGGCCCUGACCUUUGACAUCUUCAUUUGGUCCUUAAAUGGAAAACUGCUCCUGAGAGUCCCUCCUACCCCCAAGCUGACUGUGAAACCUCAGGGCCUCAGUGCAGAUGGCAACAUUGGGGCUGAGCUAACUGGCUCUCUGGACAAGAACGAACCUAAUGAACACAAACUGGAAGACAGGUAUGUACUUCUUGGUAUUCUCCAAAUACACCUCUCCUCAGAUGAUGCCUUGGUUCUUGUUGGUGUCAGUGGCAUUUGGAACGCAACUCGCGCCGGGACACUACAUGGGACUCUCAGGACACAACACUGGGUAGAUCGGUGGUGGCUCCUCAAACUGACGCACAUCGGAAUCCGCCGAAGCGACUUUUCAACAUCCAUCAGCCCUCUCCCCCCACUUCCUGAUGCAGGUCUGGGGUGUGGCCAUGGCACCGAGACCGAGAAGGACCGCAUCUCAGAGCCAGCAGACCCUGGCGUGCGACAUGUACGGCAAGUGAGGUUUGCGCCGAGACGCGCCCGCCUCUGGGGACGGCGCCGCCCGGGAGACGCUAGCUGCGAAGGGACUGGUGCCGGCCUCCUAUCCACCCUUUCCCGCAUUUCUCCCCGCACCAGCGCCGCGUCCGAGCUCAUAACCGGCGCCGGCCAAAGGCGGUUCUGCCUAGCCGAGCUGCCGCGGCGCGGACAUACACUCUACGGCCGGAGGUCAGGCGGGGCGGGGCAGUCCUGUUCCUGCCUCCCCAGGAGGAUCGAUGCGCGCCGCGCCCGCCCUCCUUCAGCCGCGCGACGCGAGGGCGGGGGCGCCGCGUGCGCGCGUGCUCUCGUUCGUUCGCUUGCCGCUCGCUCUCGGCGGCCGCUCGCUGCGGCUGGCUGCAGCUGGGGCUGGGGCGGCGGCGGCGGCGGGCGGAACAGCGACGCAGACGGCGGGCGGCGCGGGGGGCAGGUCCGGCGGGUUCAAAGAGGAAAACAUGGCGGAAAAACAAAGGCGGCGGACUGAGGCAGCGGCGGGGCAGCAGUAGCGCCGGUAACUGCCGAGCCCGCCGGGCCCGCGGCGCAGAGGCCGCCUCUCGCCGCGGUGCUGGUGGAGGAGGAGGAGGAGGAAGGCGGCAGGGCGGGCGCGGAGAGCGGCGCGGCCGGGCCCGACGACGGGGGGUGUGCAGCCUCGGGCUCGGCCCCGGCACCUCCUGCGGCCUCAGGGGCCCUGGAGUUCGGGGCGGCAUCGGCCCCUGAACACUGGCUCCAGCCUGUCCGCUCGGGUCCGUCGGCGGGGCCGCCUCCUGGACCGCCAGCCUCGCUCCUGGACACCAUGACCUGUCAGGCACAAAGCCGGCAUGAGGACAGAGCUGCUGGCGGAGCCUGCCUUCACUCCUUCUGCCUGCGUUGCCUGCCGGAGCCGGAGCGCCAGCUCAGCGUGCCCAUCCCGGGGGGCAGCAACGGCGACAUCCAGCAAGUUGGUGUAAUACGGUGCCCAGUAUGCCGCCAAGAAUGCAGACAGAUAGACCUUGUGGAUAAUUAUUUUGUGAAAGAUACAUCUGAAGCUCCUAGCAGUUCUGAUGAGAAAUCAGAACAGGUAUGUACUAGUUGUGAAGACAAUGCAAGUGCAGUUGGCUUUUGUGUAGAAUGUGGAGAGUGGCUGUGUAAGACAUGUAUUGAAGCACAUCAGAGAGUAAAAUUCACUAAAGAUCACUUGAUCAGGAAGAAAGAAGAUGUCUCAGAGUCUGUUGGAGCAUCUGGUCAGCGCCCUGUUUUCUGCCCUGUACAUAAACAAGAACAGUUGAAACUUUUCUGUGAAACAUGUGAUAGAUUGACAUGUAGAGACUGUCAGCUAUUGGAACACAAAGAACAUAGGUAUCAGUUUCUUGAAGAAGCUUUUCAAAACCAGAAAGGUGCAAUUGAGAAUCUACUGGCUAAGCUUCUUGAGAAGAAGAAUUAUGUUCAUUUUGCAGCUACUCAGGUGCAGAACAGGAUAAAAGAAGUAAAUGAGACUAACAAACGAGUAGAACAGGAAAUUAAAGUGGCCAUUUUCACCCUUAUCAAUGAAAUUAAUAAGAAAGGAAAAUCUCUCUUACAGCAGCUAGAGAAUGUUACAAAAGAAAGACAGAUGAAGUUAUUACAGCAGCAGAAUGACAUCACAGGCCUUUCCCGGCAGGUGAAGCAUGUGAUGAACUUCACAAACUGGGCAAUUGCGAGUGGCAGCAGCACAGCUCUACUGUACAGCAAGCGACUGAUUACUUUUCAGUUGCGCCAUAUUUUGAAAGCACGGUGUGAUCCUGUGCCUGCUGCUAAUGGAGCAAUCCGUUUCCAUUGUGAUCCCACCUUCUGGGCAAAGAAUGUAGUCAAUUUAGGUAAUCUAGUAAUUGAGAGUAAACCAGCUCCUGGUUAUACCCCUAAUGUUGUAGUUGGGCAAGUUCCUCCAGGGACAAACCACAUUAGUAAAACCCCUGGACAGAUUAACUUAGCGCAGCUUCGACUCCAGCACAUGCAACAGCAAGUAUACGCACAGAAACAUCAGCAGUUACAACAGAUGAGGAUGCAGCAGCCGCCUGCACCCGUAUCCACAGCAACGACCACGACACAGCAGCACCCUCGACAAGCAGCCCCACAGAUGUUACAGCAACAGCCUCCAAGAUUGAUCAGUGUGCAAACAAUGCAAAGAAGCAACAUGAACUGUGGAGCUUUCCAAGCCCAUCAGAUGAGAUUGGCCCAGAACGCCGCCCGGAUACCAGGGAUACCCAGGCACAGCGGCCCUCAGUAUUCCAUGAUGCAGCCACACCUCCAAAGACAACACUCAAACCCAGGGCAUGCUGGACCCUUUCCUGUUGUGUCGGUGCACAACACUACAAUCAAUCCAACCAGCCCUACUACAGCUACGAUGGCAAAUGCAAAUCGAGGUCCCACCAGCCCGUCUGUUACAGCAAUAGAGCUAAUCCCCUCAGUUACCAAUCCUGAAAACCUUCCAUCGCUGCCAGAUAUUCCACCCAUACAGUUGGAAGAUGCUGGUUCAAGUAGUUUAGAUAAUCUACUAAGUAGAUACAUCUCAGGCAGUCACCUACCCCCACAGCCUACAAGCACCAUGAAUCCCUCCCCAGGACCUUCUGCCCUGUCUCCAGGAUCAUCAGGUUUAUCCAAUUCUCACACACCUGUGAGACCCCCUAGUACCUCUAGUACUGGCAGUCGAGGCAGCUGUGGGUCAUCAGGAAGAACUGCAGAGAAGACAAGUCUUAGCUUCAAGUCUGAUCAAGUAAAGGUCAAGCAGGAACCUGGGACUGAAGAUGAAAUAUGUAGCUUUUCAGGAGCUGUGAAACAGGAAAAGACAGAGGAUGGCAGGAGGAGUGCAUGCAUGUUGAGCAGUCCCGAGAGUAGCUUGACACCACCUCUCUCAACCAACCUGCAUCUAGAGAGUGAGUUGGAUGCAUUAGCAAGCCUGGAAAACCAUGUGAAAACUGAACCUGCAGAUACAAAUGAAAGCUGCAAACAGUCAGGGCUCAGCAGCCUUGUUAAUGGAAAGUCCCCGAUUCGAAGCCUCGUACACAGGUCGGCAAGGAUUGGAGGAGAUGGCAACAGCAAAGACGAUGACCCAAAUGAAGACUGGUGUGCUGUCUGCCAAAAUGGAGGGGAUCUCUUGUGCUGUGAAAAAUGUCCAAAGGUCUUUCAUCUAACUUGUCAUGUUCCAACACUUCUUAGCUUUCCAAGUGGGGACUGGAUAUGCACAUUUUGCAGAGAUAUUGGGAAACCAGAAGUUGAAUAUGAUUGUGAUAAUUUGCAGCAUAGUAAGAAGGGGAAAACUGCGCAAGGGUUAAGUCCCGUGGACCAAAGGAAAUGUGAACGUCUUCUGCUUUACCUCUAUUGCCAUGAAUUAAGUAUUGAAUUCCAGGAGCCAGUUCCUGCUUCGAUACCAAACUACUAUAAAAUUAUAAAGAAACCAAUGGAUUUAUCCACCGUGAAAAAGAAGCUUCAGAAAAAACAUUCCCAACACUACCAAAACCCAGAUGACUUUGUGGCUGAUGUCCGUUUGAUCUUCAAGAACUGUGAAAGGUUUAAUGAAAUGAUGAAAGUUGUUCAAGUUUAUGCAGAAACACAAGAGAUUAAUUUGAAGGCUGAUUCAGAAGUAGCUCAGGCAGGGAAAGCAGUUGCAUUGUACUUUGAAGAUAAACUCACAGAGAUCUACUCAGACAGGACCUUCGCACCUUUGCCAGAGUUUGAGCAGGAAGAGGAUGAUGGUGAGGUAACUGAGGACUCUGAUGAAGACUUUAUACAGCCCCGCAGAAAACGCCUAAAGUCAGAUGAGAGACCAGUACAUAUAAAGUAA